GGGCUGGGCUCGGCCCCGUGUACGGUGUGCCGCUCUCUCGUCUGUCAUCUCCCUGUUGUGCCGCUGCCUCCCCGCCGGACUAUAGCCAGCCAGCCGUCGAUGGCUCUGCUCCGCCUCCACCUCCCGAGGCCUCCGCUGCCCGCCCGCCCUCACCCUUCUCCUCUCUCCUCCCCCUCCACCUCUUCGUGGUUGUGGCGCGCCCGCCUUCCCGCCGCCUCCUCACGCCUCCUCUGCUCCAGCCACCCGGCCUCGCCCCUCGACGCCUCCUCUUCCGCCGCCCCGCCCUCCAUCGUUGCCGGCCUCCUCGACUACCUCAACGAGUCAUGGACGCACUUCCACGCCACAGCUGAGGCCAAGCGGCAGCUGCUCGACGCGGGCUUCAAGCUGCUCAGCGAGAGUGAUGACUGGGACCUGCAGCCCGGUGGCCGCUACUUCUUCACGCGCAACAUGUCCUGCUUGGUCGCCUUUGCCAUUGGGGAAAAGUACAGGGUUGGGAACGGUUUCAAUAUAAUUGCUGCCCACACUGAUAGUCCUUGUCUCAAGCUCAAACCGAGGUCUGCAACCUUCAAAUCUGGCCACCAAAUGGUGAAUGUGCAGACGUACGGGAGUGGGCUGUGGCAUACAUGGUUUGACAGAGAUCUAACUUUGGCUGGGAGAGUCAUCCUCAAGGCUGCAGACGGUUCCUUCAAGCAUAAGCUUGUCAAGCUCACCAGACCAUUGAUACGUGUACCCACACUGGCCAUACAUCUUAACCGCACAGUGAAUUCUGAUGGCUUCAAGCCUAACCUAGAGACCCAUCUUGUUCCACUUCUUGCAACAAAGCAUGAAGAAGCAACUAUGAAUUCUGAUGACAAAAGUUCUAGCUCUACAAAAGUCGCCCACCAUCCACUACUUUUGCAGAUUCUCUCAGAGGAAAUUGGUUGUGAAUCAGAUGAAAUAAUUGGUAUGGAGUUGAACGUAUGUGAUACUCAGCCUAGCUGCCUUGGUGGGGGAAACAAUGAGUUCAUCUAUUCUGGAAGACUGGAUAAUCUUGCUUCAUGUUAUUGUGCUCUCAGAUCUCUCAUGGACUCUUCCAAGGCGGCAGAACAAUUGUCCAGUGAGAAGGCUAUAAGGAUGGUUGCUAUGUUCGAUAAUGAGGAGGUGGGUUCAGAUUCAAUGCAAGGGGCAGGUGCACCAACCAUGUUCCAGGCUAUGAGACGAAUCAUCGAUUCCUUGAUGCAUCAGUCAAUGGGAGAGGGAGCUCUGGAACGUGCAAUACAUUCUUCGUUCCUUGUUUCAGCAGACAUGGCUCAUGCCCUGCACCCGAACUAUCCAGACAAGCAUGAAGAGUGCCAUAGACCAGAACUACAGAAGGGACUUGUCAUCAAGCACAAUGCUAACCAACGUUAUGCCACAAGUGCUGUUACAGCUUUUCUCUUCAAAGAAAUAGCGAGGAUUCAUAACCUUCCAGUUCAGGAAUUUGUUGUAAGGAAUGAUAUGGGAUGUGGCUCCACCAUUGGACCCAUACUUGCUUCUGGUGUUGGCAUACGGACUGUUGACUGUGGCAUUCCUCAGCUUUCAAUGCACAGCAUACGAGAAAUGUGCGGCAAAGAAGAUGUAGACACAACAUACAGACACUUCAAAGCUUUCUUCGAGAUGUUCUCCGAUAUCGACAGGAAGUUGAAUGUAGAUUUUUAGGCCUAAAUCUUUGUCAGUGUUCGAUGUUUGAAUAAUUAAUGGAAAUCCAAAUUAUGGCUAUCUAGUAUAGCAUCAAUUUCAUAUACACCAACAUCCCGUCUGGCUGUACUGUUCAAGAGAUGACCUUGAGUUGAGAAAACAGUUUCGAUCCUUCCAAGCGAUUUAUAUCC